AGAAUAACUAAAGUAGAGACACACAUGAGAUUUCCUAAAGCCAGUUACUCUCCACGGGCCUAAAAUGCGAGCAUGCCACAGAGGAUGAGCGGAGAUACAAAGCCGGAUAUGAAGCAAGAGGUGAUGAGGAGCAGCCAGGUGGUUUAGUCCAUUUAUUAAUUUUAUUCAUUAGUCUAGGUCAUUUCAUAGAUGCGGUGGCGGGUGGUACAGGCCAUCAGCAAGGUCUAGAUUAUAGCCUCAAACACCUUUCUGUCCUAAAUAUGAUGUCAAAUUCCAAGAUCCUACAAUAGCGGAGGCUGAGGACGAACCGGAUCCACGGGACGCAUGAAUUAAACAAUCAUCAUCACCUCACGUUUCCCUCCCUUAAUGUGCUCAAACGGAGGUGUGUGGAGGAGAGAGCGAUUCGAGCCCGCAGCCGAUGCCCGGAGAAAACAGCAGCCUGUGUGCAGGCAGCUGUGGACUACAGGAAGGUGGUACCCAAGUGUCGGUGUUUAUUAUCUGGGAUUUGACUCCGGAGGCGCGUCGCUGAGGUAUGGGCUGCGCUCCCAGUAUCCACGUCUCUCAGAGCGGGGUGAUCUACUGCCGAGACUCAGACGAAUCCAACUCCCCCCACCAGACCACCACCAUCUCUCAGGGCACCGCGGCAACGCUACACGGGCUCUUCAUCAAGACCGAUGCGGCCGAGACCAUCCCCUCCGUCAUCACCUACCAGAGCCGGCACUCGCGCAACAACUCGUACCGGGAUCGCAAGGAGAACAGCGGAGGACACAUCCGCAUCGAGGCCGAGACGCAGACGAGCCACACCAGCGUCAAGGUUUCAGCUACAGAAGAAUGUGUAGGACCUAUGAAACUGACUCAAGAGCCAAUCCAGGUCCUGCUGGUGUUCGCCAAGGAGGACAGCCAAAGCGAUGCUUUCUGGUGGGCCUGUGACCGCGCUGGGUUCAGGUGUAACAUUGCACGGACGCCCGAGUCUGCCGUCGAGUGUUUCCUGGACAAGCACCAUGAGAUUAUAGUCAUUGAUGGACGUCACUCACGAUACUUUGAGCCUGAAGCUGUUUGCCGGUUGAUCCGUGCCACAAAGCCCUCAGAAAACACAGUUAUUCUAGCCGUUGUGCCACAAAAACCGCCUGACCAGGACGAGCCAUCUGUUCUUCCUCUCCUCUGUGCUGGAUUUAGCAGAAGGUUUGUGGAGAACAGCAGCGUGUCAGCCUGCUAUAAUGAGCUCAUACAGAUUGAACAUGGAGAGGUGCGCUGCCAGUUCAAACUCAGGGCUUGUAACUCUGUCUUCACUGCUUUGGAGCACUGUCAAGAGGCUGUGGAGAUCACCAGUGAGGACCACAUAAUACAGUAUGUGAACCCAGCGUUCGAGCGGAUGAUGGGCUACCACAAGGGGGAGCUGAUCGGGAAAGAACUGACGGAACUCCCCAAGAGUGACAAGAACAGAGCGGACCUGCUGGACACCAUCAACACCUGUAUCAAAAAAGGAAAGGAAUGGCAGGGCAUUUACUAUGCCAGAAAGAAGUCAGGUGACAGUAUACAACAGCAUGUGAAGAUAAUACCUGUCAUUGGCCAAGGAGGGAAAAUUCGACAUUUCGUAGCCAUCAAGAGACCUCACAUUGACAACAACAAUCAGGUCCACAAGUUCAACAAGGAAGAGAGAUGCAGUGGAGAACAUUCUCAGUCAGAGUGCCAUUCUCUACGUCACCGGGACAGGAGGAAAGAUUCAAUUGAUGCGAGAUCGCUCAGCUCCCGUGGUAGUGACGCUCCCAGUUUACAGAAUCGACGAUAUUCCUCUGUCGCCAGGAUUCACUCCAUGACCAUUGAGGCUCCCAUCACCAAGGUAAUAAAUAUCAUCAACGCAGCACAGGAGAGCAGUCCGGUAACAGUGGCUGAGGCUCUGGAUCGUGUGUUGGAGAUCCUGAGAACCACCGAGCUCUACUCCCCUCAGCUAGCCUCCAAAGAAGAUGACCCCCACACCAACGACCUGGUUGGAGGGCUCAUGAGUGACGGGCUGCGAAGACUCUCUGGGAAUGAAUAUGUCUUCUGCAAAAAUAUGAGCCAGAGCCAGCUGGCCAUCCCAGUCACUCUGAAUGACGUGCCUCCAUCCAUUGCUGAGAUGCUGAAUGAUGAGGAAUGCUGGGAGUUUAACAUCCUGGAGCUGGAGGCAGCUACACACAAGAGACCGCUGACUUAUCUCGGGCUGAAGAUCUUCACGAGCUUCGGAGCGUGCGAGUUCCUGAACUGCUCGGAGGCCACGCUGCGCUCCUGGCUGCAGCUCAUCGAGGCCAGCUACCACUCCUCCAACUCUUACCACAACUCCACGCACGCUGCAGACGUGCUGCAUGCUACUGCCUACUUCUUACGCAAAGAGAGAGUCAAGAGCAGUCUGGACCAGCUUGAUGAGGUGGUGGCGUUGAUAGCAGCCACAGUGCACGAUGUGGACCACCCGGGCAGGACCAACUCCUUCCUGUGUAACGCUGGUAGCGAACUAGCGAUCCUCUACAACGACACUGCCGUGUUGGAGAGCCACCACGCAGCCCUCGCCUUCCAGCUCACUGUCCGGGACAGCAAGAGCAACAUCUUUAAGAACAUCGACAGGAAUCAGUUCCGAACACUGCGGCAGGCCAUCAUUGACAUGGUGCUGGCCACAGAGAUGACCAGACACUUUGAGCAUGUCAACAAGUUUGUCAACAGCAUCAACAAGCCAAUGGCUGCCAUAGAGGAGACCAGCACAAGUAGCAUAAACAGUGACUGUGAGGGUCAAGCUAACAUCAGGAACUCUCCAGAGAACCGUCUGCUGAUAAAGAGGAUGUUGAUCAAGUGUGCAGAUGUGGCAAACCCCUGCAGACCGCUCGAGCUCUGCAUCGAGUGGGCUGGACGGAUCUCAGAGGAAUACUUUGCACAGGUACAGGAUGAGGAGAAGAGACAAGGGCUGCCAGUGGUGAUGCCAGUGUUUGACAGGAACACAUGCAGCGUGCCCAAAUCUCAGAUCUCCUUUAUAGACUACUUCAUCACUGAUAUGUUUGACGCCUGGGAUGCCUUUGCCAGCCUGCCUGGUCUCAUGGAGCACCUGUCGGAGAACUACAAGUACUGGAAGAGCUUGGACGAAAUGAAGUGUAAGAGCCUGCGUCCUCCCCCUCCUUCUUGACCAAUUCCUUGUCACUUCCUGUCAUCCAUCAUUCUGAGCAGGGUAGGGACAGUAAAUGCAGCCCUGCGAUGGAACAGUUUCGUCAGCUGCGACUCUGUGUCCUCCCAGGCACCACCCUCCCCGGAACAUGGCCUAAAGCUGGGAAAUCAGGGACUCUGAGAGCAGACGUCACUGACUGAUGAACAGUGAGAUGCUGUUUCCAUCUCAAAUCACAGCCUCUUUUCUUGUGUGGUUCUAGCUGGAGGUGAUGUUCUGCCAGUGGAGAACAGGUUGUCAUUUGAGGCCCCCCAUUGACGCUCAGUUGCCACUUUACGGCCCGGUUAAGUAUUCCUAAUAGCACCUCUAUGAAACUGUGUGAACCUCAAGGCUCACCUGACAAUCUGUACCAUACAGUGUAAUACACCAGAAACCUGCACUUUAGCUGAUCAGGACUUUUUCAUUUUGAGCACCCUCUCCCUUAUUUGCUUUUCACAGUUUGUUUUUUUUUUUUCUUUAACCAAAUCUUUUCAUCUGCAUCUGUCUAUUGCUGUAAAAGAAACAUGGUGAACAAGAUGGCAACCAAAGCUAGAGGCACUGACUGAAAUUAAGGACCUAAAAAGAUCUGUUCAUGCUUAUCCGUGAGAGACACACUUUGACUUGUGUGCUGGGACUAAAGUCUUAAAAAUCAGAAGGUCCCUGUUGAUCCCGUACCUAGAACUAAGAAAGGGGAGAUCCAUUGACAGUUAGGCAAGUACCAGGUUCUAGUCAGAUGGGAGCGAACCAGCCAGCACCAAGGUUUUCUAAUUGUCCAGUCCCAUAUACAGAGGUGGAAUCAAAGAAGGGCUGUUUCUGUGAUCAUUGCUGGAUUUAAGGAUCAUGUAGCUACGUAACCAGUGAUGAAAUAUUUCAUCCAACUACUAUCUACUGUUAUGGUCAUUUCCUCUACAUCACGGUCUCCUGUGCACCGUGAAAGCAGUGAGUGGAGAUCAUUGUCAAACCAGUAUAUCAGAACAAAUGGAGGAACAGAGUUGCACUGUAUCAGAGCUGUUUAGAUAUCAGAUGUUCUAUACAUAGGUCUGUGACACUAACUGUAGACAUUUGCACCCCAAAAAAAAGUCAAAACAAAUGUGACUUGCAAGUAUCUGAACAAUAUAGAUAUAAGCCUUCUAUGUGAAGCUACACUGACUGUUGCAUGGUUGUAUGGACCUCACAGCGGCCUGACAGAUGUAUGAAGGAGCAGCAGAUGUAUGUUUGAAUCCCAGCAUGUAAGAACAGCAGCUGCAGAGCUAGCGUCUGCCUGCUGCUCCUAACACUAAUCAGCUCCAGCUCUCACAUGGUUUUUGUUAAACUGAUUUUACUGUAUUUCAAAUCCUUCACCUUGCAGUCAUUUGGCUCUUUCUUUUUCUUUUGGAGAAAUCUUGUUCCACAUGAUUUUCAAAUUAUCUAGAUUUAAAGACAAAAGCCAUCAGAUCAUGAGAUUCAUAUGAUGUGUCUGCCCUCUGGUGGCUAAAUGGUGGUGUUGCAGAAGUUGUACAUGAACAACAACAACAAAAAAAAAACCAUGCAUCAUUUGAAAGAGGGUGAUAAAUCAGAUUAGAUCCACAGGAAAUUAGUUAUUACUCCAUAUGGAAUGGGGAUAGAAAAGACAAU